AUGGCGCUCCUCACAGUUGGAAUAUUCAGCGCGUCAGUCGCGUAUCUAAUCUUCUACCUCGCCACUACAGCCCUUGCUCCAAGGAGAGCACCGAAGGGGCUACGUGAUGUUCCGGUCGCCGGCACUGCAGCUCAAAUGGGCGCCUACCCGCAAAGGCAGCUCCGAAAAUGGGCCUCUGAACACGGCGAGCUCUUCAAGGUGCGCCUAGGACUGGAGGAGUGGAUCUACGUGAACAGCCCAGCGGCCGUCAAGGAGAUUUUCGACAAGCAAUCGCAGCACUCCUCCUCGCGUGCCCCGAGCCCAGUCGUGUCGGAUCUUCUAUCUGGGGGCAUGAGAUUCCUGCUGAUGCCGUACUCUCCCAACUGGAGGAAGCUGCGGGCAAUCGUCCACAAGCUGCUCACCCCGAAAUCAUCGAAUACUUUCAUGCCGUCCCAGGAAUUCGAAGCCAAGCAGCUGCUGUGGGAUAUAUUGACCGACAAUGAAAACCAGGAGAGUUUCUACAUGCAUAUUCGUAGAUAUACCACGUCGGUGGUAAUGACUUCCACCUACGGACGACGAGUGCCUGCUUGGGAUUGCGAAGACAUCCGCAAGAUAUACGGACUAAUGCAGGAAUUCAGCGAGGCUGCAGCACCGGGAAAGUACAUUGCCGAGACGUUUCCAGUCCUGAACAAACUCCCAGCGCAGAUGCAAUUGUGGAGGAAGGCAGCCCUACAAUCUUUCCACCGCCAGGCGGCGAUCUGGAUGAAAUACUGGACCCGACUCAAGACGCAAAUGGACUUGAAUCAAGCCCCGGAGUGCUUUGUCAAACAGUUCAUUGAGACGGAUUAUGAGAAGAACGAUAUUAGUGAGCUCCAAGCAAGCUUUGUCGCGGGCACGAUGAUUGAAGCCGGAUCAGAGACCACGUCCUCCGCGCUCAAUUCCUGCAUUAAGUAUUUUGCCGCCUAUCCUGAGGCCCAGGCAAAGGCAUACAAUGAAGUGUGCCGAGUGGUUGGCGAGAAUCGUCUCCCUACUUUUGAGGAUGAGCGAGAUCUGCCAUAUAUCAGAGCUUGCGUUAAGGAGAUUCUUCGAAUUCGACCUGUGACAAAGGACUACUUCAUCCCCGCAAACUCCGUCGUCUCCAUAAAUCACUACGCGCUCCACUUCGACCCAGAACGCUACACCGAUCCAGAUGAUUUCAUUCCAGACCGCUAUCUCAACCAUCCUCUCAAAGCCGGGGCUUACGCCGCGCAUCCUGAUCCGUACGCGCGCGACCAUUUCGACUUUGGAGCCGGCCGACGAAUUUGUCCGGGGAUGCAUCUAGCCGAGAAUAGCCUCUUCAUUACAAUCGCUUGCAUAAUAUGGGCAUUCAACAUCCUGCCACCGCUGGAGAAUGAGAAGGUUGGCAUAGUGGAUGUUUCUGAUGCGGCCUACGAGGCGGGAGCGAAUACUCUUCCGAAACCGAGCAAGUUGCGGUUUGUUCCGCGGAGCUCGACUGUAGAAACAACUCUACGAACCGAAUGGCAGAAAGCUAAGGUAGAAGGCUAUAUGCUGGGACAGACGAGAGUAGAUGCGGAAGGGAUGGUUGUUGACAGCAACUGAGCAAUAAAUCAUAAUGUGGGGAAGGGAGGAUUCAUGCCAGGGGUUUCCCAGGAGCAGUACUCUAAAAUAUGCAUAAUAUAUCAAUCAAAUUAGGGACAAGAAGUAGUUGCUGGACAGUUUCCUUAUAAGCCUCUUCCCAGAAGUAGCAGACGCCUCGCCCAACAAUCGUUGGCUUUGUGCGGAAUGCCCUUCGGAAGUAGGGUGGAAGUACUGAUGGGCGCCAGAUUUUCCAGUUUGAGUGUGUUGGUCUGUGGAUGUGUUGUUAUGGUUUUGAUGUGUGGUACAGAGAUAAUAUGUCUGCUAGUACUGUUCCCCACAGUCAAGGUGGAUGGACACCCCACUUUGCAUACCCGAAGAAAAUGUGUUUGUAGGCAGUUGAGGAUCACGAUUGCUGACAUACGGCAAGCUGUAUCCCCUCGAGAAGAGUAUACAAGGUAUCAAGGAAUUCUCAGGCUUAGCCCACCGAGAAUUCCCAGUGUCUAUGACCGCAUGUCGUGCCUCCCGGUAUGUUGUCUAUAAAUCAAAAUUAUCUUCACCAUGCGUCUCCUCAACUUGAGAGCGAACCCGUCACGUGUGAAGCAUUCGAGUGCCAAAGACCAUUUCUGGAUGCAAAUCAAUCGCAUAGCCAGCCACAGCCGCCUUCAUGGCCAUCACCACCAGAUGCCACAACGGCUCAAACAUCAAACUCAAAGGGCCUAGCAUCCUCCACUCUUCCUGACUGCCGCACGGACGUCUACUUGCUGUUG